AUGUCUCUGCUGCCCCCCGAAGUCCAUUCCGCCCUCUCUCAGUUGCUAGGCGCACUGAGCACCCCAGAUAACAACAUCCGCUCACAGGCAGAAGAACAGCUGAACAAUGACUGGAUUCAGAACCGACCCGAUGUCUUGUUGAUGGGUCUUGCGGAGCAGCUCGAGGGCGCCGAACAACAAGGUACACGUUCGUUCUCCGCUGUUCUGUUCCGACGAAUUGCGACCAAAACACGAAAAGACCCCGUUUCAAACGAAGCCAAGGAGCUUUUCUCAACCCUCGCCCGUGAGCAGAGGCUGGUAAUCCGUCAGAAGCUUGUCACCUGUCUUACUACCGAGUCCGCGAACGAUGUCCGGAGGAAGAUUGGUGAUGCGGUGGCCGAGAUCGCGAGGCAAUACACCGACAACGGCGAUCAAUGGCCGGAGCUGCUAGGUAUCCUGUUCCAAGCCAGCCAAUCUCCCGAUGCGGGUCUACGGGAAGCCUCCUUCCGCAUAUUCUCGACAACUCCCAGUGUCAUUGAGAAGCCCCAUGAGGAUGCUGUCAUCGGUGUUUUUGGAAAGGGAUUCCGGGAUGAGGUCGUUCCGGUGCGCAUCGCAGCCAUGGAGGCAUUUGCUUCCUUCUUCCGCUCCCUUCCCAAGAAAUCUCAGCCGAAAUUCUUCGGGCUCAUGCCGGAGAUGCUCAACGUUCUGCCUCCUCUGAAGGAGGCGUCUGAAAGUGAGGAGCUCUCAUCAGCCUUCUUGGCCUUGAUUGAGCUAGCGGAGAUUUGUCCCAAGAUGUUCAAGGGCUUGUUUAACAACUUAGUCAAGUUCAGUGUCAGCGUUGUUGCGAACAAGGACCUCAGUGAUCAGGUCAGACAGAAUGCGUUAGAGUUGAUGGCUACAUUUGCGGACUACGCGCCCGCGACAUGCAAGAAGGACCCGGAUUUUACAACACAGAUGGUGACUCAGUGUUUGAGCUUGAUGACCGAUAUUGGCGAGGAUGAUGACGAUGCUGCUGAGUGGAACGCGUCGGAAGAUUUGGAUCUUGAAGAAAGCGAUUUGAACCAUGUUGCCGGUGAGCAAUGCAUGGACAGACUUGCCAAUAAGCUCGGAGGUCAAGUCGUGCUGCCGGUUACUUUCGAAUGGAUUCCAAAGUUGAUGGCUUCCUCCGCGUGGCGUGACCGUCAUGCAGCGCUCAUGGCCAUCUCCGCCAUUUCUGAGGGCUGCCGUGAUUUGAUGGUAGGCGAGCUGGAUCAAGUCCUCCGUAUUGUUGUCCCUGCUUUGCAGGAUCCUCACCCACGAGUCCGCUAUGCGGGUUGCAAUGCCCUUGGCCAGAUGAGCACAGACUUCGCAGGCACAAUGCAGGAGAAGUAUCACCAGGUUGUGCUUAGCAACAUCAUUCCUGUCCUGGACAGUGCUGAACCGCGUGUUCAAGCGCACGCUGCUGCUGCGUUGGUUAACUUCUGUGAGGAAGCUGAGCGCAAUGUCCUCGAGCCCUACCUCGCAGAUCUACUGCGACACUUGCUGCAGCUUCUUCGCAGCCCCAAGCGCUAUGUACAGGAACAGGCUCUUUCGACCAUUGCCACCAUCGCCGACUCUGCCGAGAACGCCUUCGAGCAUUAUUACGAAACCCUGAUGCCAUUGCUUUUCAACGUGUUGAAGCAGGAGCAGUCCAAGGAAUACCGUUUGCUCCGUGCGAAGGCUAUGGAAUGCGCCACGUUGAUUGCCCUUGCUGUGGGUAAGAAUAAGAUGGGACAGGAUGCUCUGGAGUUGGUACAGCUGCUUGGAAACAUCCAGCAGGGCAUUGUCGAUGCGGACGAUCCUCAGUCGCAAUAUCUUCUUCACUGCUGGGGUCGGAUGUGCCGAGUCCUAGGACAAGACUUUGUUCCUUAUCUUCCUGGAGUGAUGCCGCCGCUUUUGACUGUCGCUGCGGCCAAGGCUGACAUCCAGCUGCUUGAUGACGAGGACCAGAUUGACCAGGUGGAGCAGGAUGAGGGCUGGGAACUUGUCCCGCUUAAGGGUAAGAUCAUCGGCAUCAAGACCAGCGCUCUUGAGGACAAGAAUACCGCCAUCGAACUCAUAACGAUUUAUGCGCAAAUCUUGGAAGCCGCUUUCGAGCCAUACGUGCUCGAGACGAUGGAGAAGAUUGCCGUUCCCGGACUGGCGUUCUUCUUCCAUGACCCCGUACGCGUUUCCUCGGCAAAGUUGAUCCCGCAGCUCCUCAACUCGUACAAGAAGGCGCAUGGAAUUCAAUCGGCUGGCUUCGCCGGGAUGUGGGUCAAGGUUGCAGAGAAGAUCAUCGAGGUGCUUAGUGCGGAGCCAACGGUUGAUACUCUUGCCGAGAUGUACCAGUGCUUCUACGAGUCUGUCGAAGUUGUUGGCAAGAACUCUCUGGGUCCACAGCACUUGCAGGCUUUCAUCCAAUCCGCAAAGUCAACGCUCGAGGACUACCAGUCGCGUGUAAAGACACGGGCCGAGGAGAGGGCCGAGGCGGAUGACGGUGAAGAGGAGAACCCGGAUUACGAAUACGCUAUCGAGGAUGACCAGAACCUUCUCAGUGAUAUGAACAAGGCAUUCCACACGAUUUUCAAGAACCAAGGAACAUCGUUCCUCCCUGCAUGGGAGCAGCUGAUGCCAUUUUAUGAUGCGUUCAUUACGAGUCAGGACCCGACACAGCGACAGUGGGCGUUAUGUAUUAUGGACGACGUGCUCGAGUUCUGUGGACUGGAUUCAUGGCGGUACAAGGAUCACAUCAUCCAGCCCCUCGCUGCUGGGCUGCGAGACAACAAUGCGGCCAACCGCCAGGCCGCGGCUUAUGGCGUCGGGGUCGCUGCGCAAAAGGGUGGGGAGCCCUGGAGUGAAUUCGUUGCCGCUUGUCUACCGAGUCUCUUCCAGGUGACACAGUUCAACCAAUCACGGACAGAGGAACAUGUGUUUGCUACUGAGAACGCGUCUGCAAGCAUUGCCAAGAUUCUGCACUUCAACUCCAGCAAGGUGCAAAACCCGGCAGAAUUAGCGGCCAACUGGAUCUCUACGCUGCCCAUCACCUAUGACGAAGAGGCCGCGCCAUACGCAUACUCUUUCCUCGCCCAAUUGAUUGACCAACAAAACGCUGCGGUGAUGUCGAAUGCAGGCCAGGUUUUCGGGUACAUCGUACAAGCGUUGGAUGCCGAGACCCUCCAGGGUCAAACCGCCGUACGAGUGGCUAGCUCAGCAAAGGCUCUGGCGCAAGCAACGGGCUUGAACGCAGAGCAAAUCCUUGCUGGCGUGAGCCCAGAGAACCAGGCGGCCGUCCGCAGCUAUUUUUCUUAA